AGUGGGGAGACAGCUGAGCUGAAACAGAAAGUAAAGUUUUGUACAGGAUCCAUUUUGAGACGCCCGAGCAGAAAACACUGUAUGGAGAGAACUAUAAAAUAAAGAUCCAUUUUGAGACGACAGAGCAGAAAACACUAUAUGGAGAGAACUAUAAAAUAAAGGGUCAGUGCUCAAAUGAGUCUCUCUGGAGAGAGAGAGGAGGGGGGCCCUGCCUCUAAAAGGAGACUCUCUGGGGAGAGAGAGGAGGGGGCCUCUGCCUCUAAAAUGAGUCUCUCUGGGGGACAUGACACUAAAACUAAGAGUCCAAUCAAGCAGGAGAGACCAGCCUCCCCUGUGCCCAGCUGUGUGUCCAUGAAGAGUGACCAGUCUAUGGAUCUUCCUAUAGUGUUCAGAGAGGGAGACUUUUCUACUGAACAAAGAAACCAACAGCAGAGAUCAGAGUCAGAGAUUCUCAGUGGUCAGUCUUCCCAGAGUCAUCAAACAGACCUGACCUCCAUAUUCAGUUUGCUUGAAGAGAAUUUUAUGACAUUUGUGAAGAACGAGCUGAAGAUGUUCAAGGGGAUUCUUAGUCCAGAACUCCCAGAAGGCUUUGAGAGUCAGAAGCAGGAUAAGGAAGUGGUGGAUGCUGAAGAUGAGAAGCAGGAGAGCAGUGCCAGAGAGGGGGCUCUGAAGAUCACAUUGCAUGUUCUGAGGAAAAUGAACCAGAAGGAGCUUGCUGACACACUGGAGAAAAAUGAGCUUGCUGUAAUUUGCCAACAUGAACUCAAAUCUAAUCUAAAGGAGAAGUUUCAAAGUGUAUUUGAGGGGAUCGCUAAACAAGGAAACCCAACACUUCUCAAUAAGAUCUACACAGAGCUCUACAUCACAGAGGGUGGAAUAGGAGAGGUCAAUAAUGAACAUGAGCUGAGACAGAUGGAGACAACAACCAGGAAACAACUAAGACCAUAGACUGCAAUCAAAUGUAAUGACAUCUUCAAACCCUUAACUGGACAAGACAAACUUAUCAGAACUGUGCUAACAAAGGGAGUUGCUGGCAUUGGAAAAACAGUCUCUGUGCAGAAGUUCAUUCUGGACUGGGCUGAAGGAAAAGCAAAUCAGGAUGUCCAAUUUGUAUUUUCAUUCCCAUUUCGGGAGCUGAAUUUGAUGAAAGAGAAAAAACACACUUUGAUUGAACUUCUCAAUCACUUCUCAAUGGAAACCAAAGAAUCAAGGAUCUCCAAAUACAACAAGUACAAAGUUCUGUUCAUCUUUGAUGGUCUGGAUGAAUGCCGACUGCCCCUCGACUUCCAGAAGAACAAGAUCUGUUGUGACGUCACCAAGUCAACCUCAGUGGAUGUUCUGCUGACAAAUCUCAUCAAGGGAAAUCUGCUUCCCUCUGCUCUCCUCUGGAUAACUACCCGACCUGCAGCAGCCAAUAAGAUCCCUUCAGGUUGUGUUGACCAUAUGACAGAGGUACGAGGGUUCAAUGACCCACAGAAGGAGGAGUACUUCAGGAAGAGAUUCAGUGAUGAGGACCUGGCCAGCAGAAUCAUCUCACACAUAAAGACAUCAAGGAGCCUCCACAUCAUGUGCCACAUUCCAGUCUUCUGUUGGAUUUCUGCAAUAGUCCUUGAACACAUGCUGCAACAUAAGAGAGAAGAGAUGCCCAAGACUCUGACUGAGAUGUACACACACCUUGUGGUGUUUCAUACCGAACAGAAGAAUGAAAAGUAUCUUGGGAAAGAAGAGACAGGUCCACAAUGGAAUAAAGAGAGCAUUCUGUCACUGGGAAAACUGGCUUUUCAACAGCUUGUGAAAGGCAAUCUGAUUUUCUAUGAAGAAGACCUGAAAGAGGCUGGCAUUGAUGUCAAUGAAGCCUCAGUUUACUCAGGAUUGUGCACACAGCUCUUUAAAGAGGAAUGUGGGCUGUACCAGGACAAGGUGUACUGCUUCGUGCAUCUGAGCAUUCAGGAGUUUCUGGCUGCUGUAUAUGUGUUCCUCUCCUUCAUCAACAACAAUGAGAAUCUAAUGGCCAAACCGCAAUCAGUAUCAAGCAACUUUUUUGCACUGUUCAGAGACAAGCCUGAAGUUACUGUCUACAAGAGUGCUGUGGAUAAAGCCUUAGAAAGUGAGACGGGAAACCUGGACCUUUUCCUCCGCUUCCUUCUGGGCCUCUCACUGGAGUCCAAUCAGAAGCACUUACGAGGUCUACUGACAACGACAAGAAGCAGCUCACAGAGCCAUGAAGAAACAGUCAAGUACAUCAAGGAGAAGAUCAGGGAGAAUCCCUCUCCAGAGAGGUGCAUCAAUCUGUUCCACUGUCUGAAUGAACUGAAUGACCAUUCUCUAGUGGAGGAGAUCCAAAGCUACCUGAGAUCAGGAAGUGUCUCAGACGCCAAACUGUCACCUUCACAGUGGUCAGCUCUGGUCUUUGUGUUGCUGACUUCAGAAAAGGAGCUUGAUGUGUUUGACCUGAAGAAAUACUCCAGAUCAGAGGAAGGUCUUCUGAGGCUGCUGCCAGUGGUCAAAGCCUCCAGAGCUGCUCUGCUGUCAGGCUGUGGAGUCACAGGGAAAGGCUGUGCUUCUCUGGCCUCAGCUUUGAAGUCAAACCCCUCACAUCUGAGAGAGCUGGACCUGAGUAACAAUGACCUGAAGGAUUCAGGAGUGAAGCUCCUCUCUGCUGGACUGGGGAAUCCCCACUGUAAACUUGAGACUCUGAGGCUGUCACGUUGUCUAGUCACAGAGGAAGGCUGUGCUUCUCUGGUCUCAGCUCUGAGGUCAAACCCCUCACACCUGAGAGAACUGGACCUGAGCUACAAUCACCCAGGAGACUCAGGAGUCAGACUGCUCUCUGCUAGACUGGAAGAUCCACACUACAGACUGGAGAAACUCAAUGUGGAACAUGGUGGAGAGUACACAAUGAAACCUGGGCUUAGAAAAUAUGCCUGUGAUCUCACGCUGAACCCAAACACAGCAAACGGACUUGUCUCUCUGUGUGAGAAGAACAGAAAGGUGACAUGUAGCAAAGAGAAGCAGUCGUAUCCUGAUCACCCGGAGAGAUUUGUGGAAAGGGAACAGGUGCUGUGUAGAGAAGGUUUGACUGGACGCUGUUACUGGGAGGUAGAGUGGAGUGGGAGUGUGGCUAUUAUAGGAGUGGCAUAUAAAGGAAUCAAAAGGACAGGAGAGGUUAAUGAAUGUGGGCUUGGAUGUAAUGACAAGUCCUGGAGUCUGGGCUGCUCUGGCAGAGGUUACUCUUCCUGGCACAAUAAUAAUCUCAAUCGCUUAGACGUCCCCCCCUCCAGCUCCCACAGAGUAGGAGUGUAUCUGGACUGGCCAGCCGGCACUCUGUCCUUCUACAAAGUCUCCUCUGACUCACUGACCCACCUGCACACAUUCCACUCCAAAUUCACUGAGCCUCUCUAUCCAGGGUUUUGGCUUUGGUAUGGUGACUCUUCAGCAUCCCUGUGUCAGGUGGUCCCUGUGUCAAACACAACAUGAUGUUUCACUCUAACCCAUGUGUUCUAUAUUUGAUCACAAUUUGACAUUUAAAGACAUGGAGUAAAACACACCAGUUUGGGCCAGUUUAUUCCUGUAAAUAAGAACCAUGGUAAUGUCUCUUUCCGUGAUCCUGCGCCCUGUGAGAACACACACACACUGGACACACACACACACUGGACAGAAACACACACUGGACAAAAACAAACACACUGACUGGACACACACACACACACACACUGGACACACACACACACACUGGACAAAAACAAACACACUGACUGGACACACACACACACACACACACACACACACACACACACACACUGGACACACACACACACUCUUGUACAGCUAACCUUGUAUGGACACACACUUCAGUCCCAUUCAAAAUCCUAUUUUCCUUAACCUUAACCUUAACCCAAAAACCUAACCUUAACUCUAAACAUAAAUAUAACCCCAGUAAAAAACUCAGACGCUUAAUAAAACUUAAACCAAGUUUAUUCACACAUUGGGUCAUACAGCUGCUUAAGACAAAGAACAUAUUCACACAAGCACUGGUAUUUAACCAUUUAUCCUAUGCUGAGUCUCCUACACAUCUGAACAGCCAAUACACCUCUGUUGCUAGACAGAAGAUUAGUGAUAUGUUCUUCCUCACUUCAUCUGACCUGACCUCUGCCCCAAAUUGCUCACUCCUCCCCAACUCUCGGCUGUCAUGGUGACUCGUACCAGACUGUGUCUCUUCUCCUCCCAUAGGAUCCCUGAUGGCUAACAAUAACAUAUCCUGACAUAAUGUAAACAUUAUACAUUACUCUCUCUACUUUGGUGACAUGAAUAAGGAUAUUUCAUAUUUUCAAGUUUAAAAGUCAGUUUCCAACAGUACCCCUUGUUGAACAUUGAUUCCAUACUGUUCAUCCUUAUAUAAACUUGGAAAUUGCUUAUAAAUGAACAAACAAUGAUAACAAAAUGUUAACAAUUUUUUUUAACAUGAUUAACUAACCCUAGCUCCUAACUCUUAACAAAAUUCUAAUCCUAACACUAAUUCUAACCUUAACCCUAAACUCCCUAGAAAUAGCAUUUGACCUCGUGGGGACUAACAAAAUGGUCAGUUGGUCAAAUGUUGUCUGUUUACUAUUCUUGUGGGGACUUCUGUUGUUCACGUUCCAGAGAAACGGUUGAACUGAUUCCUGUCUCCUGUCUCAUCAUUAUUGAAUUGUUAUACAGACGUGGUUAUGAAACCCACUAGACAUAACAAAAGAUUGGCGAUGAGAAAGUCUGAUUCUACAGGAACUAUUCUGUCUGGAAGAAGUCGGUUUUUACAACUGUUUAAAACUGUUAUUUUCUGUGGUACAAUAUAGGUUAAUGUUAGCACAGUGUAUUGCUAGCAGAGGCAAGUGCAGAGUCGAGCUAGCUAAGAAAGAGAGUUAACAUCAUCAUGGACGGCAGAAAAGGACUCGAGACGGACAUCAGAGUGGGAAAAGAACAUGAUUAAAAAGGGAGGAAUAUGCAUUGCUUAAAACCUGUUACGGCUAGAGCAUCCGGUGAAAUUGCAGAGCGCGAAAUUCAAACUACAGUAUUAUAAAUAUUUAACAUUCAUGAAAAUAUAAGUGUAAUACAUGAAAAUAAAGCUUAACUUCUUGUUAAUCCAGCCGCAGUAUCAGAUUUCAAAAAGGCUUUAUGGCGAAAGCACACCAUGCAAUUAUCUGAGGACAGCGCCCCGCAUACAAUUGCAUGAAAAUCCUUUUUCAACCAGGCAGUUGCAACACGAAAGUCAGAAAUAGCGAUAUAAUAAAUGCCUUACCUUUGAAGAUCUUCUUCUGUUGGCAUUCCAAAAGGUCCCAGUUACAUCACAAAUGUUCCUUUUGUUCGAUAAUGGCCUUCUUUAUAUCCAUAAAAACUCAGUUUAGCUGGCGCGCUUCAGUCAAUAAUCCAACGGUUUCCCUCCAUCAAAAUGAAUCCCAAACGUUACUAAUAAACUUAUCUAAACAAGUCAAACAAUGUUUAUAAUCAAACCUCAGGUACCCUAAUAUGUAAAUAAACGAUACAAUUUAAGACGGAGAAUUGUUAUUGUCUUUACCGGAGAUAAACAAAAAGAACGCGCUCUCGUCCAUGCGCAUGGAAACACUACAGCCAAAAUGGGAGCCACUUAUAAAAACUACAACUUCUACCUCAUUUUUACAAUAACCAGCCUGAAACUCUUUCUAAAGACUGUUGACAUCUAGUGGAAGCCCUAGGAACUGCAAUCUGGGAGGAUUUGGCCUUAUAAUAAAAGUGACAGUCAUUGAAAAUAGUGGUAGGAUAAAAAAAAAUUGGGGGGGGGGAUGGUUUGUCCUCGGGAUAUCGCCUGCCAUUUCAGUUCUGUUAUACUCACAGACAUUAUUUGAACAGUUUUAGAAACUUUAGAGUGUUUUCUAUCCAAAUCCAAUUAUAUGCAUAUCCUAGCUUCUGGGCCUGAGUAACAGGCAGUUUACUUUGGGCACGCUUUUCAUCCAGACGUCAAAAUCCUGCCCCUAGCCCAAAGAGGUUCAUAGGGAAAAAAUCAGUACAAUUAGCUUUGGUUAGAGGAGAUGGAGGAGACUGAAACGAGAACAUAUGCUCAAUGUACUUUGCUUCAUCUUUCAAAAUAUAAUUUGGUGAAUCAUGAGUGACUCCGUCAUUUGUAACCAGUUUCAGUAAAUUCUUUUUGGUAGCAUUUCUAUGUUGAAGAUUAGAACAUGUCUCCAUAUUCCAUCCAGUUUGCUUUAUGUUUUAAUAUAUUACACUUGAACUUUCUUGAAUAAGGUCCUCCAUUUCUUUUUGUUUUUCCUCUAACUUAUUCUGAACGUCUAUGGUACAGUUCUUUAUUGCUAUCAAUCUGUUCUGUUAGACCUUCUAUUUCCUUUGAUAGGAUGGACUCUUUUGACCUAAAUUGCUUUUGUUUUAGAGAUGAGUACUGAAUUGCAUGGCCUCUAAAGGCACAUUUAAAAGUGUCCCAUACAAUAAGGGGAUUUGUUGCACCUAUGUUAUGUUGUAAAAAUGCAGUAAUUAAUUCCUCUGUCCUAGUUAAAAACAAGUUGUCAAAGAAGCAUGGAUCAUCAUUAUUUGGUCCGUAAAUGUUCAUGGCCAUAUCUGUUUAUGGUCUAAUUUAAAAUCAUCCAUCUACCUUGCCGAUCUGUUUGGAAAAUAUUACUAUCAUCACCCCUUUUGAGUUUCUUUGUCCAAUGGAGAGGUAUACUUCGCCCCCCCCAGUUCUUUUUCUACACAACUUCAAAAUUGUUGAAUGAGUUUCCUGUAAACAGUAGAUAUUAUAUUCCUUCUCUUUGAGACAGGUAAAUAUUGUUAUUAUUUUCUUAUUAUCUGCUAAGCCAUUAGAAUUAUAACUUGUUAUACUUAUUUCACCAUUUACCAUAAUGAGAUACAAGUUUCAAAUCUAAAUCUAUUCCCCCCGCUAAAACCCCUCCCCAUCCCAAGUUGGGUUGUCAUCCCAGUGAUCGGCAGACCACCCGUCCCCCCAGAUCCCUAGGCCCCCCGAGAGACCAGGACCCUUCCUUCGAAAACAGCACACAUUACCACCCACAGAACAGAAGCAGGUCAACCGCUAAAAGUAUUUCCAAUGCUCUCACCUCAAUUUGCUUUAUAUAUAGCUAUUAAACAUAUAUACUGUAUCUAUAUACUGUAUAUAAAAUAUCUUGCGUAUAUCUUGCGUAUCUUAAUUUCCAUCAUUAUCAAUUAAUAUGCAUAAUAAUGUUGGCAGUUCAUGCAAAGGAUUGUUACCUAUAGCCAGGAUUGUUACCUAUAGCCAGGAUUGUUACCUAUAGCCAGGAUUGUUACCUAUAGCCAGGAUUGUUACCUAUAACCAGGAUUGUUACCUAUAACCAGGAUUGUUACCUAUAACCAGGAUUGUUACCUAUAGCCAGGAUUGUUACCUAUAACCAGGAUUGUUACCUAUAGCCAGGAUUGUUACCUAUAGCCAGGAUUGUUACCUAUAACCAGGAUUGUUACCUAUAACCAGGAUUGUUACCUAUAACCAGGAUUGUUACCUAUAGCCAGGAUUGUUACCUAUAACCAGGAUUGUUACCUAUAGCCAGGAUUGUUACCUAUAGCCAGGAUUGUUACCUAUAGCCAGGAUUGUUACCUAUAACCAAGAUUGUUACCUAUAACCAGGAUUGUUACCUAUAACAAGGAUUGUUACCUAUAGCCAGGAUUGUUACCUAUAGCCAGGAUUGUUACCUAUAACCAGGAUUGUUACCUAUAACCAGGAUUGUUACCUAUAACCAGGAUUGUUACCUAUAGCCAGGAUUGUUACCUAUAACCAGGAUUGUUACCUAUAGCCAGGAUUGUUACCUAUAGCCAGGAUUGUUACCUAUAACCAGGAUUGUUACCUAUAACCAGGAUUGUUACCUAUAACCAGGAUUGUUACCUAUAGCCAGGAUUGUUACCUAUAGCCAGGAUUGUUACCUAUAACCAAGAUUGUUACCUAUAACCAGGAUUGUUACCUAUAACAAGGAUUGUUACCUAUAGCCAGGAUUGUUACCUAUAGCCAGGAUUGUUACCUAUAACCAGGAUUGUUACCUAUAACCAGGAUUGUUACCUAUAACCAGGAUUGUUACCUAUAGCCAGGAUUGUUACCUAUAACCAGGAUUGUUACCUAUAGCCAGGAUUGUUACCUAUAGCCAGGAUUGUUACCUAUAACCAGGAUUGUUACCUAUAACCAGGAUUGUUACCUAUAACCAGGAUUGUUACCUAUAGCCAGGAUUGUUACCUAUAACCAGGAUUGUUACCUAUAGCCAGGAUUGUUACCUAUAGCCAGGAUUGUUACCUAUAGCCAGGAUUGUUACCUAUAACCAAGAUUGUUACCUAUAACCAGGAUUGUUACCUAUAACCAGUAUUGCCAUUGCAUUAAAUUACAUUUUGGUCAAGCAUU